AUGGAAUCUUCUCUGUGCAGCUCAGAUGAGAAACAAGAGAACUACUUCCUGCUGUGUGACGUUCUUCCAGAAGACCGACUCCUCCGAGAGAGGCUCCAACAGAAACGACUGGAGGAGGUGCUGGAGCAGCAGCAGCAGGAGAGAGACGACGGCAGCUUCCAGCGUCUCUGCAUGUUCUGCAGCGACGAGUUCGCUGGAAACAGGUCAUCUCUGCUGAACCACAUGGCCCGAGAACAUUCCUUCAGCAUCGGACUCCCGGACAACAUCGUGUUCUGCAACGAGUUCCUGGACACGCUGCAGAACAAACUGGACAAUCUGCAGUGUUUGUACUGUGAGAAGACGUUCAGAGAUAAAACCACAUUGAAAGACUCACACUACUUCGAUCUUCACAAGCUGAGGACAGAACUCAGAAUAUUGAUGAGACGCUCUGUGUUCACCUCUCGCUGUCUGCUCCUCUCAGACCUCAGGUUCUACCAGCAGGUCAAACUGGUGAACUUCAUCCGGAGGCAGAUCCACCAGAGCCGCUGCUACGGCUGCGAGGGGAAGUUCCUCUCCAGAGCCGACGUGCUGCGCCACAUCGCGGCUGCAGGUCACGUGAUGAAGCUGCCAGACGUGUCCACCUGGGACCAGCCGCAGUAUUACUUCCCCACGUAUGAGAACGACGCCCUCUUGUGUUCGUUAUCUGACAGUGACGAGGCUGAAAGUGAGGAGACGAGUCACGGCGAGGACGUCCCGGUGAUCGCAGAGGACGUGUCCAACCUCAGAGCCCUGAGACAGACCAGCGUCCUCAACCAGCUGCUGAAGAAGAGAAGCUAGGACGAGGGACAGACAGCGGAGUGAAGACGUCUUCCUCUUUUCUUCUGGACUCUUCUUCACUCGCACUUUGUGAAAAGACAAACUGACCCGACGCAGCCGGAACGUGAACUUCAACACUUUACUUCACACAAAUGUUCAUUCAGUCAAUAAAGAGGAUGAUCGUCAUCAGAAGAACUUUAUUACUUUCAGUACAAAUAAUACUGAGACCAGUGGAACCAGUAAGAUUGUCUGUUUACAAACGAGAAUUCAGAACCAAACUAAAAGAGAUGAAUAUGAUUCUGUGUAAUAAACCGUGAGGUUGAAACCUGGU